AUGUUAAAGACGUUGUUUCUAUUAUAUUUUACUUUGUCCUUAUUAUUUUCUUACCAAAUUAUUGUUUGUUUACAACAAAUUUAUCAAUCAAAUAUAGAACUUAGUGAUAAGAGUACAAUAUUUAUUCCCAAAGUUUCAUUUGAAUCUCCAUUAAAAACUUUCACUAUUAAAUCAUUAAUGUGGUGUGCACAACAAUGUAAUCUAAAUAUUCUAUGUCGAAUAUUUGUCUACGAUGAAAUAACAUUCAUUUGUAAAUUAUAUCAAAGUGAUUUAUUAUCUGGCAAUAUUACAUUCGUUCUUGGAUCAACAUCACAAGUAGGUCGUAUACGAUAUCAACCUCAAUUUUAUUUAAAUUAUAAUCAAACAUGUGAUCGAUGUCAAGUUAAUCGUUAUUUGAUUUGUCAAAAUGCAAAAUGUCAAUGUCCUCCACCAACAACUUAUUGGAAUGGACAGAUGUGUCAAAAUCAAUUGUCAUACGGUAAAACAUGUAAUUCAUCAUCUUGGUGUCGACAGGAUUGGAAUUUAACAUGUAUAUUUGGAUCAUGUCAACCUAAUACAGCAAUCUGCAAACUGGGUGCAACAGCCAUUACAUUUGAUGAUUUGAGUUCAAGUGGUCAAAAUGGUUUUAUUCCGUCAAUCUAUCAGAAUCUUAGCUGGACAAAUGCAAAAUAUUUAAAUGCAACCGGACUUCCCGGUAGUGGUUAUCCAUAUGUUUGUGUCUCUGGUGAAUAUGUCUGCUGGUUUAAUAAUCCUAUGACAAUAGAAACAUUGGUAGUUAAUAGAACAUUUACAAUCAAUUCAUUUGUAACGGCUGCUGGCUGGUCCAAUUCACUGAUUUUAACUAUAACCGGAUAUUUUUCUUCUACACAAAUUUAUACAACUUCAAUGCCAUUGAAUACAUAUACACAAAGAAUAGUCGAAUUAAAUUGGUCCGGAAUAACAAAAGUUGUAUUCAAUCCAUCCGGAUCAGGAUAUUAUGACACUGGAAUUGAUAAUUUAUGUAUAACAUUUUGA